AUGAUCAAUGGGAAAGGCGGUUCUCCGCCAGCAGUAUCUAGUACUGACAAAUCUAAUAAAGUUGUUCUACCUCAAAUACAACGGCAUCCUGCAUAUUAUGAAGAUCCAUACAAGAAUUCCAUCUUAUUUUCAUUUAAACUCAAAGACAAGCAACAGGCGAUGUUGGAAGGGAUUGUUCGUGAGCAAGCAGCACGAGAAGAACGAGCAGCUCUUGAACCGUUUGGUGGAAGAUGUCGACCACGAGAAAAAUCUCCCGAGUAUCCAACAACCUGUGUCAGCGAAGAUCGUGCCCUUCGAACAAAUUACUUAUACAUGAAAGACCGAGUUGGACAUUUGCCAAUCACACCGGCGUCCGAUGAGUCGUUUAAACAUAUCAUCGGUCGUUAUAUCGAUAAAAAACUUCAAGAUGGUCCUCAAAUGAAACGUGUGAUCAAAGAUAUCGUUGCUGAAACAAAAGUUCUUUAUGAAGACAGUAUGAAAACAAGUCAAGUACGACAAACACUUGUUGCACCAAACGUUAAAGGCCUUGAAAAUGAGAUUGCCGGUCCACCUCCACCGGAUCCAGUUGGAUUUGAUUUCUCAAGUCCUUGGGAAGAAAGUUUUCAAUCGAGCCGUGAUGCAAUCAAAGCUGAUUUAUACAUUAUUCAUCCAACUCAUCGACAAGUUCUGGAAUUAUGCAAUAAAACGCUUUCUCAAAGAAUUAUGGUGGAAUUCAAACGAAUCAGAUCAAUGGGCGCACUAGAUUUUCCACAAUUGCGAUCAUUUGUUCUUCGCGAAAUCGAACGUAAUGAAGAUUAUCUGAGUUCCAGCUGGUAUCCACUUGUUUGUCAAAUAUUUCAAAGUGGACAAAUUCAAGGCAUAAAUGGACCGGCAAACAAAAUCAAUGCAUUCUACAAUUCAAUCAACACACUCGUUUCUAAUCAAUUACGGAAUUUACUUGAACGAAGUGUUGAAACAUGGUGUUCGAUAUUCGAUCCAAAAGAUCAGGAUUAUCUACCGAUAAUCAAAGUCGAUAUCGUACUUAUUGAGUACGAAUCUGCGCCGAGUGAAAUCCAUUUUCAACCAACCAUACCUGAAUUUAUCAAAGUUUUACAAUACGUCGUGGAGAAAAUCGCCCAUUCAAUUAAUGGCUCAGGUCGCGUACGUAUUGCAACAAUGCAAUCAUUUCUAAGCGUCGAUGGCAAUGUUCCAGUCAGCACUGGCCUAACUGAUACAGUUAUCAAACGUGCUAAUCAACAACUAGCCGACAUAACUGAAUAUUAUUUUCAAGAACCGAAAAAAUUGCUGAAGAGUUACGAAGAAAAGUACAAUUAUCUAAUCGAUGGAAGAGCACAAGCUGAUGUACAAAAAUUCAUUUCAGAAAAUCACUCAUUCGAUGAUUAUUCUCGAGAAUUCAAUCGUUUCAAUGAUAUUGUUCGACAAAUAAUGCUUGAACCAUCGAAUGUUGAAUUUCCAUUGAUCUAUACCAAUGGUGAACAAGUCAAACAAGGCCUCGUAGCUGCUGCUCGAAAGCAUCGUCACACAUUACUCAAUAAACUAGUUAGCGACUAUCGAACUGAAUGCCAACAUAUAUGUGGUGAUUUCGAAGCAAUUAAACAACGUGCUUUGGCUAAACCAGCAACUACUGCUGAACUUAAUGAAAUUAUGAAAUAUAUCGAUAAUGCGAAAGGAGAAAAGUCAAUUCAAUUAGGUCGAAGAAUAAAAGAAGUUCAAAGACAGAUGGAAUAUCUCUUAGAAGAAUAUCUGUUCUCCGAUGAAGACAUUCGUUUAAAUGCUGAGACAUUGUUGUGGCCAAGAACAAUUGGACCCAUCUUUGAUACAAAUGAUGAAAUUACUCAACACAUUCGAGCGAAAAAUGAACAGAUUCUUAUGGAGCGACGUGAGCGUCUAUUAGCUGAUUUACAAAAAAUGCAACGUCGUGUUGACGAAUUUGCUGAUAAUGGUGAACUGAAUAUGAUGGCCGAAUAUGCUCAAGAUGUGAAACAAACACAAAAGAAGAUUGUUGAAGCUGAAAAUGAAAUUGAUUGGAUCAAUCAAGAGGAGUUUCAAUUUCGAAUGCAACGAACCGAAUACCCACAACUGGAAGCGAUCAAAACAGCUGUUGAUCCGUACUAUCGUCUAUUCACAACCGUUCGUAAAUGGCAAAUAUCGGAGAAGAAGUGGAUGGAUGGAUCGUUCCUUGACUUGAAUUCGGAGAAAGUCGAAGCUGAAGUCGAAGAAUACUCACGUGAAAUCUUCAAAAUCAAAAAACAAUUCACCAAUUUAGUGAAAAAGAAAAAACUCGAACUAGCCAAUAAAGUGAUGGAAAAACGCAAAGCGCGAGGUAAGAAACGUUUGGAAGAAGAAAGUGCCGCCGCUAGUGGUACGGCUGGCAGCGCACCAGCUGAAGCCGAAGCGGACAAAGAUGACGAUGAACGUGAAUUGGAAAAGCUUGAAAAUAACGAUCCCGAAAUGUUACGUGUUUGCAUUGUCAUCCUUGAACAACUUGAUAAUUUUAAGGUGCAUCUACCUGUUAUCAGUAUUCUAUGUAAUCCUGGUAUUCGAGAUCGUCACUGGGAUAAAAUGUCAGUAAUCUAUCAGAAAAAUCUUAAACCAGAUACAGGUACCACACUGAGGAAAGUUUUGCAACUGGGCUUAGAGCCAUAUAUGGAACAAUUCGAACAAGUUAGCGCAGGUGCAUCGAAGGAAUAUUCAUUAGAAAAAGCUUUACGAAAAAUGCAAGAAGAUUGGGAACCUGUGAUGUUUAAUACCAGCAAAUAUAAAGACACAGGUUUGACAAUCCUGUCAGCUGUGGACGAUAUUCAAACGAUUCUUGACGAUCAUAUUGUGAAAACACAAACGAUGAAAGGAAGUCCGUUCAUUAAACCAUUUGAAGACGAAAUUAAGGCUUGGGAAGCUCGACUUCUGUUAAUUCAAGCUAUUAUCGAUGUUUGGCUUAAAGUCCAAGCUAACUGGCUAUAUUUGGAUCCGAUUUUCUCAUCCGAAGAUAUCAAUCAACAAAUGCCAGAAGAAGGUCGCCUAUUUUCCACAGUCGAUCGAAACUAUAAAGAUGUCAUGCGUCAUCUCGAUAAAGACCAACAUGUAAUGGCUGCGACUGGUCUUUCCGGUCUAUUAGAUAAAUUGAAUGAUAGUCAUACAUUACUGGAAAAGAUCAACAAAGGUUUGAAUGCUUAUCUCGAAAAGAAACGUUUGUUCUUCCCUCGAUUCUUCUUCUUGUCCAAUGACGAAAUGCUUGAAAUUCUUUCUGAAACCAAAGAUCCAACACGUGUUCAACCACAUUUGAAAAAAUUAUUCGAAGGCAUUGCCAAACUCGAUUUCGAUGCUAAAGUUGAUAUACACGGAAUGAUGUCCAGUGAAGGAGAAAAGAUUACAUUUACACGAUCCAUCAGCACAUCAGAAACUAAAGGUGCAGUCGAAAAAUGGCUCAUACAAGUGGAAGAUAUUAUGCUCAAAUCCGUUCGAGAAGUUAUUGAAAAAGCUUACGUUGCCUAUCCGAAUGAAGAUCGUAGUGUUUGGGUUAAGAACUGGCCUGGCCAAGUUGUUCUUUGUGUUUCACAAAUCUAUUGGACAAGUGAAGUACAAGAAGCUUUAGCAACUGGUGUCAAAGGACUUACGGAAUAUUUUGCUAAACUUGAAGCACAAUUAGGCGAUGUUGUUGAACUUGUGCGUGGUAAACUAAGUAAACAAACGCGCAUAACACUAGAAGCUCUAGUCGUCAUUGAUGUCCAUGCCAAAGAUACAAUCAAAGAUUUAAUAAAUAAACAAGUCGAAUCAGAGAAUGAUUUCAACUGGUUAGCACAAUUGAGAUACUAUUGGGAAGAUUCACAGUGUCGAGUACGAAUAACAAACGCCACAGUCAAAUACUGUUAUGAAUAUUUGGGCAAUACACCACGUUUGGUCAUUACCCCAUUGACCGAUCGUUGUUAUCGUACAUUAGUUGGGGCAUUUCAUUUGAAUUUAAAUGGUGCUCCAGAAGGUCCUGCUGGGACAGGAAAAACUGAAACUACAAAAGAUCUGGCCAAAGCUCUCGCCGUUCAGUGCGUGGUUUUCAACUGUUCAGAUACCAUGGAUUACAAGGGUAUGGGCAAAUUCUUCAAAGGUUUAGCAUCUGCUGGUGCUUGGGCUUGCUUUGAUGAAUUCAAUCGUAUUGAUCUUGAAGUAUUGUCUGUUAUUGCUCAACAAAUUUUGCAAAUUAUUCAAGCUGUUCAAGCGAAAGUGGACAAGUUCGAAUUCGAAGGAACCGAAAUUCGUCUCAAUCCAAAUUGUUAUGUCUGCAUUACUAUGAACCCUGGUUAUGCUGGUCGAUCUGAACUACCUGAUAAUUUAAAAGUACUCUUUCGUCCUGUCGCUAUGAUGGUUCCAGAUUACGGUCUUAUCUCAGAAAUAUCCUUAUAUUCCUAUGGUUUCAUGAGAGCUCGACCUCUAUCAGUUAAAAUUGUCACUGUAUACAAACUGUGUUCAGAACAACUUUCAUCUCAGUAUCACUACGAUUAUGGUAUGCGUGCUGUCAAGUCAGUUCUAUGGGCUGCUGGUGCACUGAAACAAAAAUAUCCGACCGAAGAUGAAGAUAUUCUCAUCCUUCGUAGUAUUAUUGAUGUCAACUUACCGAAAUUUUUAGCUCAUGAUAUACCAUUAUUCAAUGGUAUCAUCAGUGAUCUAUUUCCAGGUAUAACUUUACCGAAACCUGAUUACGAUUUGAUUAACGCCAAUAUGAUUGAAAUAUGUGAACGAAAGAAUCUUCAACCGACUGAAGCUUUCAUGACAAAAGUCACUCAAACCUAUGAAAUGAUGUUAGUUCGACAUGGUUUUAUGCUCGUCGGUGAACCAUUUGCUGGCAAGAGUAUGGUCUUACAAGUCCUCGCCGAAACAUUAACAUUAAUGAAUGAAAAAGAACUAGCUGAUGAACUUAAAGUUCAGUAUAAAGUGAUCAAUCCCAAAGCUAUCACCAUCGGACAAUUAUACGGAAAUUUCGAUUUGGUAUCACAUGAAUGGAAUGAUGGUGUGUUAGCGAAUACGUUUCGUGAUUUUGCCAUGACGGAAAAUCCGGAUAGAAAAUGGGUUAUUUUUGACGGACCUGUCGAUGCUGUUUGGAUUGAAAAUAUGAAUACAGUCUUGGAUGAUAAUAAAAAAUUAUGUUUGACUAGUGGGGAAAUUAUUCAAAUGUCAAAUGUAAUGUCGAUGAUUUUCGAAGUUAUGGAUCUAUCUCAAGCAUCUCCUGCUACGGUUUCACGAUGCGGUAUGAUUUAUUUAGAGCCACGUGUACUGGGUUGGCGCCCAUUGGUAGAAUCGUGGGUGAAUGGCGAAAUAGCUCAACCUUUGAGAGUAUUCAAACACGAUAUCUUAGCUCUCUUCGAUUUUCUAGUGCCACCAUGCCUCGAUCAUAUUCGACAUGUCACCAAAGAGUUGAAUCCAACUGGUGAUUCGAAUUUAGUUCGUAGUAUGAUGAACUGGGUGGACAUGUGUAUGAGCGAUGCGUUAAAAGACGAACACGAACCAGAAAAGAAUAAAAAUGUACGUUCGUGGCUAAUCUAUGUUACUCAAUGGGCUUGUAUUUGGUCCAUCGGUGCGACAGGCGAUACGGACAGUCGAGUUAAAUUUGAUCUAUUCCUUCGUGACUUGUUACGUGGAAAAGGAGAACCUAUUCCAGAUGUCUUUCAAGGCAAAUUUGAAAUUCAAAUCCCUGAAAAAGGUCUUGUACAUGAUUAUUAUUUCGGAUGUAAAAACCGUGGCGAAUGGUUUCCAUGGGAAAAUUUAAUGCGAUCAUCAGAGGGCGGCACAACAGUAUCAAUGAAGAACAUUCGUCGAUAUAUCGUUCCAACUAUUGACACAACUCGAGUGAACUAUAUGCUUGAUCUUAUCGUCCCACAUAAACGACCGAUUCUGUUCGUUGGAUCGACGGGAACAGGCAAAAGUGCUUAUGUACAAAAUUAUUUAAUGAACAAAAUUGACAAAGAUCAGUAUAUGGCAUUCUUCAUCAAUUUCAGUGCGCAAACUUCCAAUAAUCAAGUUCAAGAUAUUAUUAUGUCACGUCUGGAUCGUCGUCGUAAAGGUACCGUCGGCCCUCCAAUGAUGAAAAAAGCAGUCUUCUUCGUUGACGAUAUGAAUAUGCCACAAAAAGAUAAAUAUGGCGCCCAAGGUCCCAUUGAAUUGCUUCGUCAAUAUAUGGAUCAUGGACAUUGGUACGAUCGUAAGGAUACAACAAAGAUAAUUCUUGAAGAUAUUCAGUUUGUUGCUGCUAUGGGCCCACCAGGUGGUGGCAGAAAUGUUGUUACACCACGAUUUAUUCGACAUUUUAUGACAAUCGCAAUCAAUCCAUUUACAGAUGAAACAUUAACAAAAAUCUUCUCGACACUUUUCUCGGUUUACAUUCGAGGCCAAGAAUUUACUUCUGACUACCUGACUAUUGGAAAUCAAAUUGUACAAUCGACUCUACAAAUCUACAAUGCUGCAGCAGUUUCACUUCUUCCGACGCCGGCUAAAUCACAUUAUAUUUUCAACUUACGUGACUUUUCCCGUGUCAUUGUUGGGUGCUGUUUAAUUCGUAAAUCUGAAGUUGAGUCCAAACGAACGUUUAUUCGAUUGUGGGUACAUGAAACAAUGCGUGUCUUUUACGAUCGUCUAAUCGAUGACAAAGAUCGUACAUGGCUAGUUGAAGCAAUCAAAACAUGCAUCAAAGAUAUAUUCAAAGAAAGUUUCGAUGCUGUAUUUGAUCAUUUGGCUAAUGGUGGCAGAGGUAGUGGAAAAGUAACAGAAGAAGAUUUACGCAGUUUGCUCUUUGGUGAUUUUCUUCGACCUGAUCUUGAUGUUGAUGAACGCUUCUAUGAAGAAGUUAAAGUUAUCGAUACAAUGUAUUCAAUUGUCGAAAAAGCAGUUGACGAAUACAACAGUACACAUAAAACUAAGAUGAAUCUCGUUGUUUUCCGUUAUGUUUUGGAGCAUUUAUCUCGUAUUUGUCGUAUCCUUCGCCUACCGGGUGGUAAUGCACUGUUGGUUGGUGUUGGUGGCAGUGGUCGUCAAUCGUUGACACGACUUGCAGCCGCUAUGGCGAACUAUGAUGUUCAUCAACCUGAAAUCACAAAAAAUUACGGCGUCGUCGAAUUCCGUGAAGAUUGUAAACGUGUUAUGAAAAUGUCGGGUGCACAAAAUAAGCCAACCGUGUUUCUUUUGACUGAUUCUCAAAUAAAAGACGAACGAUUCUUAGAAGAUAUCGAUUCGCUGUUGAACACUGGCGAAGUACCGAAUUUAUUUGCUGCUGAUGAACGUGGUGAAAUUAUGGAAGCUGUCGCUGGACAAGCAGCAGCUGCAUUGUCGGAUGGAGAUAAAAAUGCUGAGUUCGGCCCAUUGGCUCUAUUUCAAUUCUUCAUCAAUCGUGUUCGAGAUAAUCUUCACAUUGUCCUAGCUUUCUCACCAAUUGGUGAUGCAUUUCGAUCACGUCUAAGGCAGUUUCCUUCGUUGAUCAAUUGUUGUACACUCGACUGGUUUCAAGCAUGGCCUGAAGAUGCUUUAGAACGUGUUGCAAAAAAAUAUCUUGAACAGGUCGAUAUAAAAGACACCGAAAAGGACGCAUGCGUUGAUAUUGUCAAAUACUUUCAUACGAGUACCCAGAAAUUAUCCGAAAAAUUCUAUCAAAAGCUACAACGAUACAACUAUGUGACACCGACAUCGUAUUUACAAGCCAUAUCAGGUUUUAAGAUGUUAAUUACAAGAAAACAAAAUGAAAUCAUGGGAGCGAAGAAGCGUUAUGUCAAAGGUCUUGAUCAAUUGGCUUUUGCCGAGACACAAGUCGGCAAAAUGCGUAUCGAAUUAGAAGCACUGCAGCCACAGUUAAAAGAAAGUGCUAAAGAAACAGCAGCUAUGUUGGCUGAUAUUGAAAUUCAAUCGAAACAAGCAGGUGAAACACGUGAGAUUGUCGUCGCCGAAGAAGCUGUUGUCAAUGAGAAAGCAAUUGGUGCGAAUAAAUUAAAAGAAGAAUGUGAACAUGAUCUCUCGGCUGCUAUGCCUGCUCUUGAAGCAGCUAUCAACGCCUUGGAUACGUUGAAGCCCGCUGAUAUAACAGAAAUUCGUACUAUGCAACAGCCACCAAGCACCGUUCGAAAAGUUCUUGCAUCCAUUUGCGUCUUAACUAAUCGUCAACCGGACAGAAAACCAGAUCCGAAUAAUCCCGGAAAGAGAAUUAUUGAUUACUGGGGACCAGCAAAAAAAGCUUUAGCAGAAAUGGAUUUUAUCAAUCAAUUGAAAACAUUCGAUAAAGAUCACAUUGCACCAGAAGUUAUGAAAAAAUUACGUGAUGAAUACUUAACAGAUGCUGAUCUUGAACCAGCUCGUGUCAAACAAGCCUCGGUUGCUGCACACGGUUUGAUUCUCUUCGUUCGAGCCAUGGAUGUCUAUGACCGUAUUGCUAAAGAAGUCGCACCGAAAAAGGCAAAACUUGAAGAAGUUGAUCGCGAAGUACGAGAACUUGAAGCAACAUUGGCAGCUAAACGUGCACAGUUAGCACAAGUCGAAAACCGUUUACGUAAACUUCAAGAAGAUCUUGAUGCAGCACAAAAUCGCAAAGCACAAUUAGAAUACGAAGUCGAUCUUUGCGCCAAGAAAUUGGUCCGUGCUCAAAAACUAAUCGGUGGUCUAGGUGGUGAAAAAACACGUUGGACAUUAGCAGCCGAGAAUCUUCAGAAGAUCUAUGAUAACCUCCUUGGUGAUGUGUUAGUUUCAUCAGGUGUUAUUGGUUAUCUUGGUGCAUUUACGAGCGCAUUCCGUGAUGAAACUACUCAUGCUUGGAUUGAUUUAUGUAAGAAGAAAAAUCUUCCAUGUUCCGAUGCUGAUAAAUAUUCGCUCGCUGCUACACUUGGUGAACCAAUCAAGAUUCAAGCGUGGAACAUCAAUGGUUUACCGAAAGACUCCUUUUCAGUCGACAAUGCUGUCACCAUUCAAAAUUCAAAUCGUUGGCCACUAAUGAUCGAUCCGCAAAGUCAAGCGAAUCGAUGGAUUAAGAACACCUAUGCAUCAUUAAAUCUCAAAGUUGUCAAAUUAACUGAUAACGAUUUUAUGCGUCAGUUGGAUAACUGCAUUCAAUUGGGUUUACCUCUGUUGAUCGAAAAUGUGGGCGAAGAUUUAGAUCCAUCGUUGGAGCCGAUCCUGCUCAAACAAGUAUUCAAACAAGCCGGAGUGGAAAUGAUUCGUUUGGGUGAUAAAAUUAUCGAAUACUCCAAUGAUUUCAAAUUGUUCAUCACGACAAAACUACGAAACCCACACUACUUGCCAGAAAUUUCAACUAAAGUCAAUCUCCUCAAUUUUAUGAUUACAUCUGAAGGCCUUCAAGAUCAGUUGCUUGGUAUCGUUGUUGCGAAGGAACGACCUGAAUUAGAGGAAGAACGUCAAGCAUUGAUCAUCACCCAAGCUGAAAAUCAACGUUUAUUGAAAGAAGCUGAAGACAAAAUCUUAUUUACACUCAGUUCAUCCGAAGGAAACAUCUUAGAAGAUGAAGCAGCUAUUGAAACGCUGGACUCGUCGAAAUUAAUCUCAGAUGAAAUUUCCAAAAAACAAAAAAUUGCGGAAGAAACAGCAAAGAAAAUCGACGCAUCCAGACAGGAUUACAAAUCCAUUGCCGAAUAUUCGGCUAUUCUGUUCUUUUGUCUCAAUGAUUUACCAAAUAUUGAUCCUAUGUACCAAUAUUCAUUACAAUGGUUUAUUAAUCUUUAUAUCAAUUCGAUUAAUGACAGUUUGAAAUCGAAAAUACUGGCACGCCGUUUGAAAAACCUUCAAGAUCACUUUACUUAUAACUUGUACACAAAUGUUUGUCGAUCGUUGUUCGAAAAAGAUAAAUUACUCUUCUCCUUCAUCCUGUGUACAAGCAUCAUGCUUGCCCAACAUGAAAUGGACAAAGCGGAAUAUCUAUUCUUUCUUACCGGUGGUAUCGGUCUAGAGAAUAAGCACAAAAAUCCAGGCCAAGGUUGGCUCUCGGACAAAUCUUGGGAUGAAUUGUGUCGUCUAUCUGAUUUAUCAAAAUUUGUUGGACUUCGUGAAAGUUUCGAAGCGAAUAUCGCGGGCUUUCGAGCUAUCUACGAUUCGAAAGAUCCGAUGACAGUUGAAUUACCGGCACCAUGGAAUGAAAAACUGGAUCAAUUUCAAAAGAUGACUGUCGUUCGAGUCAUUCGUCCGGAUAAGGUCGUUCAGAUGGUGAUCGAAUUUGUGAAAAAAAAUCUCGGACAGAAAUUCGUCGAACCGCCGCCAUUCGAUUUAGCGAAAAGUUUCAACGAUUCUCAUUCAUUAGCGCCGAUCGUUUUCAUUCUCUCCCCGGGUGCUGAUCCAAUGGCUCAAUUGGUUAAAAUCGCCAAAGAUAAAGGAUUUUACGAAAAGAAAUUUCAUUAUAUCUCACUCGGUCAAGGACAGGGACCAUUCGCUUCCGCUAUGAUCCAGCGUGCUCAAGGUGAUGGUGGUUGGGUCUGUCUACAAAACUGUCAUUUAGCUGUCAGUUGGAUGCAAACAUUGGAAAAGAUUUGUGAAGACUUUGCGGCUGAUAAUACACACCCUGAAUUUCGACUUUGGUUAACAUCAUAUCCAUCUCCUAAAUUUCCAGUCACAAUUCUACAAAAUGGUGUUAAAUUAACUAAUGAACCACCGACGGGUCUUCGAAUGAAUAUGUUGCAAUCAUACUUGAACGCACCAAUUUGUGAACCAACGUUCUUCAAUAAAAUCGAUGAAGGAAAAGAAGCUGUAUGGGAACGUUUACUGUUCGGUCUGUGCUUUUUCCAUGCACUAGUACAAGAAAGGAGAAAGUUUGGACCACAAGGAUUUAACAUUCCAUAUGGUUUCAACGAGUCUGACCUGUUAAUUUCUGUUCGACAGCUUCAAAUGUUUAUCAAUGAAUAUACUGAAGUUCCAUACGAUGCGAUCCGUUACAUGGCUGGUGAAUUUACGGAUGAUUGGGAUCGUCGAUGUCUCCGAACUAUUCUCGUCGAUUUCUACAAUCCACAAGUUGCCGAAGAGCUCAAACAUAAACUAUCUCCAAGUGGCGUUUAUUAUGUUCCACCCAAAGGCACCUAUGAUGAAUACGUCGAAUUUAUCAAACAAUUGCCAUUAAUCCAACACCCAGAAGUGUUUGGUAUGCAUGAAAAUGUUGAUAUAUCGAAAGAUUUACAAGCCACACGACUUCUAUUCGAUUCCAUUCUUUUAACCAUGGGUUCGACAUCAGCUGAAGGUGGAGAUACUGAUAAGAAACUAACUGCAAUCGCCAAUGAUAUUCUUUCAAAAUUACCAAAUAAUUUUGAUCUCGAACAAGCAAUGAAAAAAUAUCCGACACGAUAUGAAGAAAGUAUGAACACAGUUUUAGUACAAGAGAUGGAACGAUUCAAUAAAUUAAUGUCCGUUAUUCGGUCGAGUUUACAAAAUGUCAUUAAAGCAAUCAAAGGUUUAGUUGUCAUGAAUGCGGAAUUAGAAUCGUUAGCAAAUAGUUUAAUGAUUGGUAAACAACCUGAAAUGUGGAUGAAGCAAUCUUAUCCAUCGUUGAAGAGCUUAGGAUCUUAUUAUAAUGAUUUGUUAGAACGUAUCAAAUUUCUCACAACAUGGUAUGAAACAGGAAAACCAUCUGUUUAUUGGAUAUCAGGCUUUUAUUUCACUCAAGCAUUUUUAACUGGUGUCAAACAGAAUUAUGCAAGAAAAUACACCAUACCAAUCGAUCUAUUAGCAUUCGAAUUUCAAAUUUUGAAAAUCACUAAGAGUGAUACAGGCCCAACAGAUGGUGCAUAUAUAUUUGGUCUUUACCUUGAUGGUGCACGAUGGAAUCAGGAAACAGGAUUACUUGAUGAACAAUUCACAAAAGUUCUCUACGAUGCCGUGCCAAUCAUCUGGGUAAAACCGGUCAAAACCAACGAUUUGAACACCGAAGGAACAUACGAAUGUCCAGUAUAUAAAACGAGCGAACGACGUGGUGUACUUUCAACAACCGGUCAUUCGACAAAUUUUGUUAUGGCUGUUUAUAUGCCAACCAAUCAACCGCCGCAACACUGGAUAAAACGUGGCGUAGCUUUACUUUGUCAACUUGAUGAUUAG